AUGUCACUGCGGAUCUGCGAAGACUAUCAGCAUGAUGGCCACGGCUAUGAAAUGGCUGCAACCAUUUACCUUUUGCGACAUGCACACGAAGUUAUUGUGCAGCAAUCCGACGCCGGUGGACCCGUCUCACAUCAUUUUGUAGCCAUCUGGCUCAAGAUCACCAAUGCGACCCCGGAUCUCAAACUUCCAGAAAACCUCAACAGACCCACAGUAACAAGCGUGCAGGUCCUUGAUGACAAUGCGGUGACGACAUUUUCUUCUUUAAGAACUAAAAAAACUAUUCAACACUACAUCACUCGAAUUAAUGAGAAAUGUAAAUUUGAAAAGGAUGAAUUGGAUCCUGCCAGAGUUCUAUUCAAUUUCGUCAAACCUCCUCGGCUCAGAUACUCGAAGGAGAAGAAAUUCAAGAUAGAAAAAUGGACAACUCAUCUACUAGACGAUCCUAAAUAUAUUCCCUUGGAAGAUGUCACAGAUGAUUGUAGUAUGCUGUCUGCCGAAGAAAAUACCGAAGAUUUCAUCGACUCCAAUAGAAUAUUAAGCAAACUUACACUUGGGGACUUCAUUGGUAGCAAACCGCAGUCACACAAAAAGUGGGAAGUCUUCACGGCAAAUCAGAUGGAGAACAUUCAUUUGAGAUAUAAGGACUACACAACAAAGGCUGAUUAUCCUACCGUAGACGAAGAGAGCUACGAAGAUUUCGACUCGGUACAGGAUCAAACAGAACAAUUCCGUUAUCGAUCAAUAAAACCUCCCCAAGCAUCUCUACCGAAAUUUCACGGAGAUUCUGAAGAGUUCGCCGAAUACUGGGGGAUUUCCGAGACGCUAGUUCACAGAAGCAAAGAGCUAGAUGUCAUAGAAAAAAUACUGCUACUCAAGGAAAGCUUGAGAGGCAGAGCUCAGAUGCCAUAA